GACUUUGCCCAUACUGAGCUCAGCAGCCGUGUAUAUAAGCGAUGAACGGACGGACGAAAAACAAUACAGCGAGAUACUUGAGCCUGCUAGCCCAUAAUGGGGCACACACUAUUUUUCAUCCUUGCCCUUGUGGCGGGAUCACAAGCAGGUCCUAUACAAGAGAUCCAGAUAUCAGACAAAUGUGCAAGACAAUGCACUGUGUCAAACCAAUUCAACUACGAACCCGGAACGACCUAUGAAUUCACAUAUGAGACGGACAUACGGACGGCUGUACAGGGCGCCUCGGAGGAUCAUGCUGGAGUCCACCUUACAUCCAAAGUCUACUUGGACUUUGCUUCCAAAUGUGAAAUGAUCAUGCGGCUGAGUGACGUUAAACUGAGCGAACACGACCCAGAAACGUCAACCAUGAAGCCGGUGUCAUCUCCCGAACUAGCAGACCUUGAAAAACAACCUCUGACGGUGUCCUUCCAAGACGGCACAAUCGAAGAUCUAUGUCUGUCACAGGUCGAGUCUGAUAAGACCUUGAACAUUAAGAGAGGUAUUCUGUCACUGAUUCAGAACAACAUGGACGAUAUAACCAAGCCUCAGACUCUCAGCGAGUCGGACGUUGCCGGAACCUGUGAAACCGAGUAUUCCUCCCAGGACAAGGGCUGGUACAAACAGAUCAUCAAGAAGUCCAAGAACCUGUUGGGCUGUACAGAACGCCACAACGGAAACAGCGCUGUCCAGGGCAUCCCAUACCAGGCCAAAUCGGGAAUCCAGAGUAUUCCUAUCGUAAAGAGCACACAGGAAUGCGAACAAGAGAUUGCGAAAGACACUGGCCGUUUGAAUGUAGCCACCUGCCGUGAGAAACACGCUUUCGUUCCGUUCUCUCGCCAAGACAGUGGUGCAAUCACCCACAGCACGCAAACUCUUACCUACGUCAAGGAAUACGCUUCAAGGCCCAGAGCAGCUACGGUCCAAUCUCGAACUUCUCUGAAGUUUGAACACUCCAACGGAAAUGGUCUGUCUGCCAUGGGUGAUAUUGAAAACAAACUGACGACUAUUUGUGAUGUGACUUCCAACGGUGUGACACCUGAGACGCCCAAGAUGUUUACAUCCCUUGUGCUGUCCAUGAAGUCAAUGUCUGCCAUGGACAUGAACGUCGUGUACAAGAAGAUCAAAACCCUGAAACUCUGCUCAAGCAACAACAAGCGUGUUAUCAAGUUCUUUAUGGACGCCGUGCCAAUGACGGGAACAACUGAGAGUGUGAAGUUCAUGACCCAGUUGAUUACCAGUGGAGAUGUGUCUGGUAUUGAGGCAGAAAUGUGGAUGACCUCCCUUGCCUUUUUACAGCAGCCUUCCGUCGCCAUGCUGAACGAAGUAAAGGACUUGCUGAAAGUUGAAAAUCUACAAGAAAAGGCAAUGCUGUCCGUCAGCUCCCUCGUGCACAGUGUCUGCAGAAACAACCCGGCAUGCGAAAACUACAUUGAAGUAAAGAAGAUCAUUUCACUCCUUGAAAGCAAAAUAGCUCCAUCCUGCAGCAUUUCCGGUGACUAUAAAAUGAGUCUGUUGGCACUCAGAGCGAUUGGAAACGCUGGAUUCGGCACAAACGCUAUUUCCACACUCGAGAAGUGUUUCCGCCGCACUGAGAACCCAAUCGAGAUCCGUCUGUCAGCCAUCGAAGCCUUCCGUCGCAUUCCAUGCUCCACUGAUAAGCCUAUUCUCUUUGAGAUUCUUGGCAAUACAGAAGAAGAUUCGGAAGUAAGAAUCGCAGCAUACAAGUCCAUUAUGGAAUGUGCUUCAGACGAAACCAUAAGCAAAGUCAAGAUAGUGUUAAGCAAGGAGUCAGUCAACCAAGUUGGAUCAUACAUUUGGUCUCACUUAACCAAUCUUAUGGAAACAUCUGACCCACACAAGCAGUCCAUUAGAUCGAUCCUUGAGGAUGAUACGCUGAAGCAAGAAUUUAAUAUGGAUAAGAGGAAGUUUUCCCGCAAUUAUGAAGGUUCCCUUUUCCUUGAAAAGAUCAACACUGGAGCAACCGUUGAGGGAGAUCUCAUUUGGUCAUCAAAAUCCUUCAUUCCGCGAUCUGGCAUGUUCAACCUUACCGUUGAUUUGUUCGGCAAUGCCAUCAAUUUGUUCGAAAUUGGCGGACGCGUCGAAGGUCUGGAAUAUUUCUUGGAAUCCUACUUCGGACCAAAUGGUUAUUUUAGUGAAAAAGAAGUAAAGUCUGCUGUAGACGAAACAGCCGUUGACCUUAUCAAGGCAGACAAAGUCAGCCGUAUUGAUAAAAGGAUGGAAUCUGUAAUGGACGAUCUUCGUGGUUCUCUCUACAUGCGCGUGUUUGGCAACGAGCUGCGCUAUAUGAACUUCAAAGGCCUCGACUCUCUGCUUUCUCAGAACAGCUUCAACUUUUUAGAAGUACUUAUGAAACUCUCAAAUGAAAACGAUUACCAGUUCACCCACAGCACAAUGUUUAUUGAUAGCACUAUUGUCAUCCCUACAAGUUCUGGAUUCCCACUCAAUCUAACUGUGAAUGGAUCAGCAACUAUUGAUAUGAAAGCAUCUGGAAUGGUGGACGUUAUGAAAAUGGCGUCAUCACCUAGGUCGCUGGACAUUCAUGGUAUCAUUCGACCAAGCGCAGCCGUUGUUGUGUCAAGUGUCAUGGGAAUCGACGUACUGUCAAACCAGGUCGGAGUGAAAAUGAUCUCAACACUUCACUCAAGCUCUGCAAUUCAAGGAAAAAUGUCUAUAGUCGAUGGAUCCAUUUUGACCGCAGAGUUCGAUCUUCCAGACGAAAAGAUGGACAUCAUUAGCGUGAAAUCAGAGUUUUAUACUAUGCAUCGUGAAUCAGAGAGACUGCAGAAAAUGAUAACAAGCAAUCGCCAGUCACAUAGCGCGUGUUCUGGUCCGAACCUUGUCAAAGUCGCAGGCUUAGAGAUUUGCGCUGAAAUGAGCUUUCCAAACGCAUCGCUUGUGGAAACUGCACCAUAUUUCCCAAUCACUGGACCGAUGAACGCUGGCAUUACUCUUUACAAGAGAGAUAUAAAGAUGACUGGGUACAAGCUUGAGGCCAGAUCGACGCACAACGCCAAGGAAAACAUCGUUCGAUUCGCCUUUUCAACACCUAACUCCAAAAUUGACAGAGCAUUGGGCGUUGACUUUAGUCUCAAUAAGGAAGACGGAACAUUUGACGCUAGCAUAGCAUCGCCUUGGAAGAAAGGAGACUUUAGAGGUACGUUGGUCAAUUCGAAAUCUGAAAUGGGUGUCAGCGGCAGAAUGAACUGGGAUAACACGCUACGCUUUAACGUCAAUGCCAAUCUUAAAUUGGAAACGUCAGGCCCAGGAAGAAUUAUUAAACCUACAAUCUCGAUUGACAUUCCUAACUUUAAAUCCAUCAAUAUGAAGGGAUCAAUGGAAUAUAGGCCUUGGACACUUUUGGAUACACAAAUGACUAUUGCGGGAUUGAGUGAAUCACCUAUCGUAAUGAAAUCGGAAAUUUCCAAUAAAGAUAAAGGAAUGAGAUUUGAUGCCACCCUUACAACUGGGCCUAAAUCAACGUACACCCUAUCCUCAUCCCUCCAGAAAACGGUUUACAAGAAGAAAAUUGUAUACAAGCCUCAGAUAAGCAUUCGAACUCCAUCUACUGAGGUGUUUGCUUUUGGUGGAACUUACACGAAUGUUUUCGGAAACUCGAUUGACCUGAACUUUGUCCUCGACAAAGUUGUUGCUAAACCAGUUUCAUUAUCAGCUAAAUGGAGGCUUAAGUCUUACAGACGAGGAAGGUCACUUAACUAUGUUAAUUUCGCUUUUGAAUCGACACCAAUGUACAUAAAAACUAAAGGCAAGUUUGACAACAGGAACAUGAAAACUUUGGCCGCCGAUAUUGACCUUACAUACAUCAUCAAGGGCAUUGCCCGGGACAACGUUAAAUUUGCAUCAAAAUUGAUGAAUUGGAGUACGAAAACUCUGACGAAAGCAAGACUGUCAAUGAAUGCUGAAUCGAAGAAAAACUCUGACCUCAAUUUCAAACUUAUUACCAACGUUAAUCACAACAAGAGAACUUCUGGAUUUGAUGCAAGCAUAAACUAUGGACCAAACUUUAAGGAUGCAGAUAAACAGAUAACCGUUGAUGGUAAACUUGACAGAAGAAUAAAAAGUUGGUCAAUGGCGGCUGUUGACUUUUCUGGAAAAAUGGAAAUCGGAACGAAUUUCAGACUUGUCUCAAAAGUAACACACUCCCACAACUCCAAGGCCUUGAACUCGACUGCUACUCUGCGACUUAACAAAAACGCCAUGGAAUCAAACCUUCAACUUCAGGAUGAGUCAACAACAUUGAAAAAUCUGAACGGAAUUUGGCGUAUUGAUAUUCCAGGUAAAAAGAUACUCAUGACCCAUGCACUUAAGCAGUCUUCCGAAAACAGUUAUGAUCUGUCAUCAAAAGUUAAAGUUGGUCGCUCCGAAAAUACAUUCGACGCAUCAUGGAAAACCCCAUCAGCUAAAGCCUUUACUGUCUCCUCUAAUGUUCAGUUAGAUAGUAUGACACCUUUAAAACUUGAAGGCGAUUUCAACUUAGACCCAGCGCAAUACAAAAUUGGUGGUGAGAUCAUGCGAGGAUCUUCAAAAUACUCUGCGCAGUUGUCAUCUGAAAAGCUAACUGCAACUUCUGUUCGCUGCUUAGCCGAUAUAGUAUACCCAACCAGGCACAUCAUUGGAAACUUUGAAAGCUCUAUGGCAAACGGAAGAAUCAGCAGUCGUUCUGAUCUAAGAUGGAAUGCAGAUCGUGAUGAUUCACAAAGGAUAACCGUCAGUGGAAGUGGCCAAUACCAGGACAUGUCAAACAUGGAUGGAUCGCUCACUGUCCAGUACUCAAGCCGAACCGUUUCUGUAAAUGUCAAGCAAACUUACACUAACAAAUAUUUGUCACAUAUGGACCUGAAAUGGGGUGUCAGCAAUUCCGUAUCUAUUGAUACAGUAUUUGGCAGCAUUGCCGCCCGGGAUGGUCGGGACCUAAUUGGCAGUGUAAAGCUUUCAACCCCAAUCCAGCAACUCAAAUCUGUCGAACUUUCCCUGAACCAUAAAAUAGCAACAACAAACUAUAAUACCCAGGUUGACCUAAAGUUUGAUACCGAUGAUUCCAUUUCUGCCGAACUGAAAGUUCAGAGGCCAAUCAACAUAAGAAAUAUCGAUGCUGUGUUGAUUGCGAAGGCUCCAUCAUAUGGUUUGAAAUCAUCCCAGGCCAAUUUGCAGCAUUCCGUAACAGAUGGUGUGUCAACAGUGGCCAAAUUCAAUUUCAACAAACAAUUUUUGAACGCCGAUAUUCACCUUACUAACAACGGAAAUGAAAACGACAUCAAUUUGAAAGGACAGCUCAAUUUUAAAUCAUCAAUGCAGAACAUGGAGAAAGGAUCCAUCUUGUUGGAGCACAGCAACAAUGGCCGAGAUGUCAACACAAACGCACUUCUACAAUACAACAAUAAAGAAUACGGGCUGAAAAGUACAAUCACUGCAACAAUGAAUGGUAUGAAUAUUGCAACUGAUGGAAGCAUUACGAUUACUUUACCUUCUAAUGGUGUAUCCUUAACCUGGAAUCACAGAAAUACCAAAAGCAAUAUGCAAUCUACAUCGGAACUUAUUCUUAACGGAAACCAAUAUUCACUUGACAUUAAGAGCAUUCAUGACAUGAGCUUGGCCUCAGGAAAGGUGCAUAGUACAUUGCAAAUAAAUACACCAUAUCGAGUGAUGAAAGAAACCGUCCUGCAGAUAAUACAUGAGCAUAGGUCAGGCCAUUUCGACUCUGUAGUAAAUAUUUCAAACGAAGGAAUGACAAUUGUUACUGUUGAAGGAAAGUACGAGCGAUCGAAUAACCAAGUAAAAUCUAAAUUCACAACAUCUAAUUCGCUUCUUGGGGAUGAUGUCUCUGUCAUUUUAAAUGCUGACUACUCCGCGAGUCCAUCAAAGGCACAUUUAGAAUUGUCGAUUUCCCCAUCCAAGAUUUACAGUAUCGAUGGAACGUACAGAAAAGAAACUUCAGGAGACAUGGACAUUUCAAUAAGCGCGAAUACUCCAAACAACCCAGCAGUCAUAUUAUAUGGAUCACGCUUUGUCAAGAAAACAGGUAUUGAAUCGAAACUGCAACUACAGUACAUGUCAGGCAAAAACAUUCAACUGGAUAGUUUCCAUAAUCCCAAUGAAAUUUCUCUCAAAUUUUCUUCACCUUUCACAAGCGAUUUUGCAACAAAUGCAAUGUACAAACGAACAGGAAACACCCUUACUACAUCAGCAAAGAUUGACGCUGAACCAUUGUUGGGAGCAUGGCUAGUAUCAGCAUCGUUUGAUAUCAACGAAAGAUUAUCUGGUAAUGUAAAAUUGACAACACCAAUUGCAAGCGUGCCAUAUUCACAGAUUACAUUUGUAAGUUAUAUGGUAGACAAUAAGAGACAGUCAUCACUUUCAGUUGAAUAUUUACCCGGAAAAACAGUUCGACUCGAUAGUAAGUAUAGCUUUCAAAGUGUAAACGACUUGGCGAUGUCUCUGGAAUUUUCGUCACCAUUUGACCAAAUGCCAUACGCCAGAGUUUCGAUCAAUCAUGUUGGAGACCUUCGACGAUUCUCAAACAACGGUGAAAUUGAAUAUCAGCGAGGCAAAGUGAUGUCAAUAGAAACUCGAUAUUCGGGCGUUGAAACCAAAAGCGGAUCUCUCAUUAUUCGGAGUCCAUUUUAUGAAGAUAUAUCGGCUUCAUUCAACUACGAGGGAAGUCUUCUUGACUUUAAAGCUGAUGUUGACAUGUCAUGCACAUCUAAUGUCCAUGUUGAAUUAAAACACAAAGGCAACUUCAAAAACUUUGAAUCCUCUAGCCAUAUCUUAGUCGAUAAUACAAAAUAUGGCGGAAGUCUAAACUUUAAAUCAAGCCCAGGUGUAGAAGCCUCGUUAGCCAUUGAAACACCAAUUCGAAACGCCAGGUUUUCUGCCUCACACAAAGGCCCUUUGUUGUCGUUUUCAAACCAAAUGGAACUUUCAGUAAGUGACAUCGGCGUUUUCUCAUCCGAUUUCAAUGUUGAUCUUCUGUCGACAAUCAACCUUUCGGCUAUUGUAAAAACACCUAUUAGAGGAUUCAGUGAUCUACGAGGAUCCCUUACACAUGAAGGCUACAUCUCAAAGUUCCAAACUCAAAUUGAAUUGCAAAGAAAUCAGGAUAUAUAUUUCGCUUCAACCAAGGUGAACACUGAGCCAGCAUUUAUUGCCGAAACUCUUCUGAAGACACCAUACAAGGCAUUAAGAGAAGCCCGUAUUUCCAUUUUACAGGAAGGUGUGAUUAACAAUUUCAAGUUUCAUGGGGAAAUGCAGCUUAACAAAGAUAUAACAGAACUUGAUCUAAAUGUAGACGCCACUAAGAAAAUAGACGUCGACUUCACUCUGCGAAGUCCUUAUACCGACACAAUCAAAGCAACUUUCGAUCAUUGGGGUAAACUCUCGAGGUUCCAGAGCAAGCUUCGUGCAAGCGCAGGUAGCAAGCGCCUUAUAGCAAAUGCCAAAUUCCAAAUGCAGCCGACUGUUAAUGCACUUUUCACAGUUAAAUCACCUAUUUCAUGGCUGAAAAGUCACCAGCUGUCUCUUAAGCACUCUGGUACAGCCGACAGUUUCAAGUGCAAUCUGCAGUACAAGUGCAAUGGCGACACCUACAUCGGUGAUGCAACUUUCCAGAACUUGAACUCUCUUAAAGGUGAAUUAACAGUUAAAGGACCUUCAUUCAGUACGAUAAAGGCAUCUGUAAACCAUGAAGGUAAAAUUCAGAAUUUCAAAUCAUCAGCAAGUGUUUCUAUGGGAAAAGAUGCAGUUGAAGCCAAUAUCAACAUGAACACCGUCAACGGACUGAAGGGUGGCAUUGCAGUCGCUACACCAUUUUAUGGUUAUAAGAACAUACAAACGGCCGUUGUUCAUUCAGGUGACCUGCACAAUUUCAAGAGUCAUGGAGAAUUUUCAUUAAACAAAAAGUCAGGCACCAUCGAUAUAUCAUUUGACUCAACCAAUGGUAUUAACGGAAAAGUGACAAUGAUUAACUCUUUUAAUUCCCUUAAAGAUCUAACGCUUACAGUUACUCAUAAUGGAGACAUGAACAACUUCAAUACAAUUGUGCAAUGUUCAAGCAAUAAAAAAAGUUUGCUCGGAGAAGCUUCAUUCAAGAACGGUAUUUCGAAAUCAGGAAGCGUCUCACUUAAGUCAACACUACCUGGAAUAGAUAAUUAUGCUGCAUCCUUCUCACACGAAGGGGACAUGUCGAAAUUCACUUCAUCAGUCAACACAAACUGUCCCGGUGGAGCAACUGCGAUUAACCUGGUCUUUGAUUCGUCUAAUGGCAUACAAGCCAGAUUGACUGGAGAAACACCUAUGACGAAGAAGGCAGAAAUUGUCAUUAGUCAUGUCCAGUCCGAUACGUCGUCGAAUUCUGAUGUGUCUGUGAGGUAUGACGGUGUUAAACAAUUUGGACUUCAGUCUGAUUUGACUAUUCAACCAACAGUAUCGGCCAUUGUCUCAGUCAUCACACCUCUUGAGGGAUACGAAUCUUCUGAACUUCAACUCCAUCAUAAUGGCAAUGCGAACGGGCUCAGAUCAAAUGCAGCAGUAAAUGUUUUCGGAAAGCGAUUUGAAACAGAAAUUGAAUUGACAACUUCACCGGACAUACAAGGGUCUUUCAAAAUCUCCUCUCCGCUUGCCGAGGAACUGGUAGGAAAAUUCAUUUACGAGGGUUCCAUGAAAAACUUCAAGUCAAAUAUUGACAUGACUUACGGCGGACGAAGUGGAAUUAGUGUUGAUAUGUCAUUCAACAUUGAAGAUCAAUUUUCAGGUGAUUUAAGAAUAAUUUCUCCACACAUAAAUAACUUGGAGACCAGCUUCACACAUAAGGGUGAUUUGACUGCUUUUGUAACUGACGCUCGAGUUAUCUACGCUGGACAAAAGAGCACUUUGAGUAUGGAUGUAAAAACUUCUCCAACUGUUGUAGCAACAUUUACCCUGACUACUCCAAUGUCGAAAGACAUGAAAUUAUCACUAUCGCACACAGGACCUUGCUCAAACAGCCACACGUCUGCAAAUGUCCAAUAUGGAACUGAGUCUCUCUUAAGCAUUGACUCAAGAAUUAAUCACGAGCGUUCGAUCAACGUUGGGAUUACUAUCACCUCAGUAUUGCCUCAAUUAAAGAUUGUUUCCGUAAAAGUGACCCACGAUGGCAUUUAUACAGAUUUUGCAUCGCACGCCGAGGUAACAUACAACAAACAAAAUCUCGUUGGAGAUCUUUCCUUCAAACCUACAUCAGGUUCAUUUAUAUUAAAAACGCCGUUUUUCAAAGACAUCACAGCUUCCUUUGACAGGGACAACGCAAAUACCAUGAACGGAAAUUCUAAUGUCAAUGUUGCGUAUGGCGUUACAACCUUGUUUGCCAUUAAAUUAGAUGCUAAUCUUCCUUACACAUGGAUUGUUCAAGUGCAAGUUCCAGUCAACGGAUAUGAAACAUCAGAAUUAACAUACAGAAAAGAAGGUGAAGUUGGCGGACAUUUUACGAUUGAUAUAGCAGGACAACUGCAUGGCGUAGAAGCAUACAUUUCCAAGUCCGAUAAACUAGGAGCCGUAGUAAGCAUUACGUCACCAUCACUUCCAUACAUGUCUAGUAAAAUUGAAAUCUCUGGUACACUCAGUAGUCCAAAGUGUCAUUUGGAAGGAACCUACAUAACUAAUACAGUUGAAGCCGACCUUGAGUUUAAUACAAAAAAUGGUAUUUAUGGAAUUCUGAGUAUUAAGACGCCUUUCACCGAGCCGAUCGAGUUCGAAUGUGAAAUUGAUGGGACACCGAGACAGUUCACCCUUGACUCGUCAGCAAAAUAUGGAAAGGAAAUGCAUAAAUUGACGGGCUCUGUAAAUACAAUAGACACAUAUGAAUGUCAGAUCAAUAUCCGAUCACCCAGAGUAAUUCCGAUUGCCGUUGGAUUUAAACAUGACGGGGAACUGACUAACUUCAAAUCUCACGGUGAAGUUAAAUUGGAUAAUGAUAAACAUAGCCUUGAUGCCUGGUUGUCGAUUAUGAAUGACGCCGAGGGAUUCCUUAGCAUUGAAUCGCCAAUGGUAGAACCCAUUCAGGGUAAAUUCUCCAUAAAUCUUGUUCCAUUAACGUACAAGGUUGUUAGCGAAGUAAAGAUCGGCGAUAAAAUUGGAAACAUCGAAAUAAGACAAACAGGGCCUUUAAGUGGAAUAGCAAAACUAUCAACAGAGUCAAAAACAAUAAUAGACAGUCAAGUUUCGCUUGGUACAAACCCUAUUCGCGGAAGCAUCACUUUAAAGAAUCCAUUUAAGAAUAUCUUUGCCUCUUAUGCAGUUGACGGAUCUGUACGAAAUUUUAAAACCCAGGCUAAGUUCACCAUUGGAUCGACAGUGAUGCUUGACAGCGAAGUAGCAUUUCAGUCAAACCCAAUUAAUCUCGACCUUACUAUAAAAAACCCAAUACGAGAUAUCCAAGCCACUCUCUCAAAAAGCGGACCAUGGACAAAUUUUCAGUCAAGUGCUCAGCUCAUCGUUGCAUCCGAAACCAUUUUAGAUUCUGACCUCUCCGCAAACGUUAAUCCUCUUCAAGGGUCUUUUAAUUUCAAAACACCUGUCAAAACACUAUCGGGAUCCAUUUUCGUUGACGGGACCUAUGACCACUUUGACGUUAAGGGAGAACUAGCGGUGGAUGGACAAUCUAGCUUCAUGAAUAUUCAGUUUAAGUCGGAUGGUGGUAUUUUGGGAAGUGCUAGUUUUGCAAAAGGAACCCAAGAAAUAUUUUCAAGCAAAUUGUCUUUUGAAACUUCACCUCUGCGGGCAAGCCUUUCUUUGAAGUCCACGAAUGAAUAUAUUAAAACCCUGUCUGCAUCAUUUAGUCAUAAAGGGAAAGUUCUUGACUUUGAAAACCAAGCAGAAAUUACAAUAAAUGGAGAAAAAACAGAAGCGCAUAUGCUAUUCAACAUCGGGUCGAAAUCUGAAAUGAAAAUCUCAGCUUCAAGUCCAUAUUUUCCUUCAAUUGGAUUGGGACUCGAAUUUGUUGGCAAUGCCCAAAAGUUCCAAAGUGCAAUGGAAUAUUCUGUCGGCGAAAAUACAUUUUCCUUCGAUUCCAGUGUUGACACAACCAAUGGCAUUGACACCUUUAUGACAGUAAAGACACCAUUUGAAGGUUACAAAACUGUAACAUCUAAGUUGUCAUAUAAUGGAAUAUUUCCUAACUCAGAUGGCCUUAUCCAAAUUAAGACAGGAAGAAGGACACUCUUGACAGGUAACUUUCAAUUAUCUAAUGUGAAAGGAAUCUCUUUGAAAAUUGUUUGUCAGUCAGUCCUUACACCAGCACUUCAGAUUUCGUUCGACCACUCCGGAGAUAUGCAGAAAUUCACAACUAGAGCUGAACUUCGUUUCAAUGGCACUCCAUUCACGACCGAUAUUUCUUUUCAAUCGACACCGUACCCACAAGGUUCCUUUGCCGUCGUCACUCCGUAUAUGGAACCAGUAACUGGUUCCUUCAACGUGGAACCUCAGUUGAAUGGAAAUUCAAUUAAUAUAAAAGCUACAUUUAACGGCCAACCAAAUUCUUUAGAUACUAGCUUUUACUUUGGUAACGAUAUGGGUGCAUCCUUUUCAAUGAACUCACAUGUAACUGGAACAAUUCGAGGAUCUGUCAGUUUAAAUAGGGGCUACUCAAGCUAUACAGGCAGUGUUAAUAUGGAAGCACUAGGAAAGAAAAUGACACUCGACGGUAAACUGAAUACAGAACGAGGAAUUAAAUCUAGCAUUUCCAUGACUUCUCCAUAUGGAAACAGUGAGGCAGAAUUUGCAUACAGUGGACAAUAUCCAAAUGCCAAGGCCGAUUUAACAGUUUCAAUGCCUGGAUAUAAAUUUUCUUUCAACAGUGAAAUCCAGACUCAGCCCAAGCUAUCCGCUACACUUGCCAUAUCUACACCAUUCAGUGGAUAUGAAAACGUUGGAGGUAACAUCCAUUUUGCAAGCAACAACGACAGUGUGUCUUUUGAUACACAAAUAAAUUAUCUGACCGGAAAACAAAUUGCUGCUUCGUUUGAGUCAACAAUUUCGGGAAAAAAUGUGCAGACAGUGGCAAAGCUUGAAACACCUUACACGGAAGACCUUAACAUUGAAUUAACUCUGACGGGACAACCAAGUCAAUUCUCGAAAUCGCUCGUUGUUUCAAUGGGUGAAGACAACAAUUUAAUAUCUACCGGAACUUUCUCCAUCGGCAUAUCGUCCUUAAAUCUAGAUUAUUCUCUUAAAACGACGUUUGCUGGAUACGUAGAUGACCAGCAUAUACAGGUUAAGUACGAUGCCGAUUUGCCGAAUUUUAAAGCAUCUGCUGAUGCUAAAAUACUUGGAAGUUUGUACUCGACUGAAGCUAGCUUGGACCUUUCAAAUGAAAUAAACGCAUUGUUCAAACUUGAUACACCAUUCGAACACUUAAGUGACAUUGCAGUCACAUUUGAGCAUUCGGGUACCUACAGGCGAUUUACCACCAAGUCAACAGUACAAGCAAAAAAUAAAAGUUUGUUUGAAUCCAACCUCCAGUAUUCUAAUUACGGAUGGCGAAGACUUUCAAUGUCCUUAGACAUGACAACACCAUUUCAGGGCUGUGAAUUUACCAAAGCUUCAUAUAGACAUGCUUCUCUAUCAGAUGGCUUUGAGUGUGAUGCAGACAUAUCCAUUAUGAAUAAGGAUAUCAGUGGCACUUUGACAAUUAAUAAUAACCCCCCAACAGCAACUGUUUCGUUUACCACACCGUUCGCCGGUUUUGAAAAGUUAGGUGCAGAUGUCAAAUAUGUCAUUGGAAAAGAUUCAAUAAACGGACAAGUUAAUGUUGCCUACAUGCAAGAUAAGACACUUUCUGCGUCGAUUGAUAUGAACAGCAACAGCCUUACAUUUAAAUUGUCCACCCCCUUCCAAGGGUAUGAAAAUCACGAAGUGCAACUGUCAUACAAUGGAGAAAUGCGUAACUUCCAAUCAACAGCUGCCUUUACAUCAUCUGCUGCUCCAUCCAUCAGGGCCCAGGCAAAUCUGCGUUUGUUGUCGCUGCUGAAUUUGGACGGCUCCGUAAGUCUUACCAGUCAGAUUAGAAAUUUCGAAAACAUCAAAAUAACCGUCACAAACGAAGAAAACAAAGGUAAAUAUACAACUAAGUCAGAAAUAAGUUGGUCUUCUUCACAGUCCAUUGUCCUUGAUGGAACUCUAACUGACAAUAGUCUUUCAACUACUGGAAACAUAAAUUUAAGAACACCUUUCGAUAUGGUUAGACAAGCGGGUGUUGAUAUCAAAAUGGAAAAGAAACAAGGAUUUAUCUACUCUGGAAAGAUAUCCCCAGUUUUUAACGGAAAAACCACUUUAGCCGGUGAUAUUACUUUUAGCAGCGCUCAGAACAAGGCUUUGUCUGUAACAAUGCGCUCUCCAAUAACCUUUUCUGCAGACGUCAGUGGUAACAUCGGACGAGUUUAUCAAGGAUCUGUUUCUUUUACAAACGAUAUUUUCGAAAAGAACACCGGAUUGACACUAACCGGAACAAUUGACCCAAUCGCAAAGAGCGUGGUUGCUAAGUACAACUGUCCAACAAUGCAGCUGGAUUUGAACGGUUCUCUUAAGAAAUCAAUCCUAGUCAUCAAUACUAAUCGCUAUGGGUACGAGAUAUCCGAGUCGUUCGCAAAAAUUAUUCUUCCUACAAGAAGUCUUAAAGUAACCGGCAAAGUACAAAACGGGGCUACCGAAGGUUUCCUGUUUUGGGACGCAGACAAAGAUGAAACAAAGAAAGUUGGAUUCCGCUCCGAAAUCAAAUCUCAAUCCGAUUCGAUGAAGGCUGACAUGACAGUGAUGUUGCCAAGCCUAGGAAAGGAUCUUCAGAUCGAUUCCGAAAUGAUUCUGAACAGAGGGCGUAUCAUAUUUGACGGAAAAACAGAACUAACCUAUUCUAAAGAUUCCCGAAAAAAAAUCACAAUUAACUCUCGUGUUGAGGACAUAUCUUCUUGGGAUUCUAGAAAUUACAGCUUUACAUUCGGAAUAAGUCACCCAUACACUAGCGUCAAUGUUGAGGUCGUUUCUCAUGUGGGAAAUUCAAACGAAAAAAUGACAGGAGCAGUUGAUGUCAAAUACCUUACUGCAAGACGCGAGACUAAACAGUUCACAGUCAAUGGAGAACUUGACAAAAUCCGUAAAGGCGUCGAACUAAAUAUUGACACUCCAAUGAAGAAGGUUGGAAUCAACGGAAACAUCCAGGCUGGAUCCCCAUAUCGCCUUUCCUUGGUCAACAAAUAUGACAACAAAAAACCACUGAAUACUAUUGUUUCGUUUGAUUCCGUUAAACGCAGCAUCGACUUUCAGAUGAACUACGAUUUGGAAAACCCAACCAGUGAGCUUCAUGUAAGCGCGAAGUACGUGAAUAAUUCUGCCAUUGCAGCUGAAUUGUACCAUGUGAUCAACAGACAGAGAAUAAGUGACGGACUGCUUGCUUUACGUCUAAACAGCUCUCAUCUUCUUCACAGCAGAAUCCAUUGGCGACCAGAUAUGAUUGCUGAUCUAAAAGAAUACACAGCAAAGAAGUCUUCUACCUACAAACGCCAAGUCUCCAGCUUUGCUGAUGCUGUAAGUGAGAGUAUUAGCGCCGAACUUAGACAAAAGUCUAGUAUCAUCAAUCGUUCUUUUAUGGAGGAAUCGGAACCGUUUGUUGCCACUGCCACUGAACAACUUGAGCGACUGGCCAUCAUGUAUGAGCUCAAUCAGUAUCACAUGCGUGAUAUCGUCGAUGUAGUUCUAGCUGCUGCUGAAAAGACAAAACUCAAACUACACGACAUGUCUCUGGCGACCAGUGAGUGCAUGAACAAUCUGUCCGAUGAACUGUCAAAGUCAAUGGGAGUCUCCAAGGAAACGAUCAAGAACAUAAUACUGGAGGUAGAGAAAUCAUCGGGGAUGAUCAUGCAGUCUGCUGAGAAUGUCUACAACAUAUACUCAGGCCAUGUUUACAACAUCACCGCACCAGUUAUGACCUCUGUGAACGACAAGUACAAUACUUACGUUAACUAUAUGUCGCAAAUGAGCAAUGAUCACAUGACCAACAUGGCUGACAAGUACACAUCUGCAAUUUAUGGUGUAAAUGACGCUAUCAAUACCAGAGUAUCUCGCUUGUUGGCAAAUAAACAAGUUGGUGGCGCCUACCAGCACGGUUACAAUGCCUACAAAUAUUGGGAAAUUAGAGAAAAUGCAGAAAUAAUUGCACAAGCAAUAAUUGAUUGGAUUAAAGAAGAAAUCGAGAUAGAACUUUCAGAUAUUAAAGCCACACUCCUGAACCUUAAAAAGAGUACGAUCACCGUUUAUGACCCGAAACACGGUGAAAUUCAAGCUGAAAUCCAUUUGCCGUUGCCAAUCAAGACUUUAGAUGCUGUUCCAGUAAUAGAAAUGGACAUGUCAAAGACACAGAAGUACAUUCCCAAAAUGCCAAGUAUCUCGCUGCCGUCAUCUGAUGUCUCAAAAUGGCUGCCCCCUUAUGAAGCCAUCGCUACCAUUGAGGGUGACACUAUUACCACGUUCGAUGGGCUGACCUACGACUUGACCAAGAGCUGCACUUUCCUCCUAGCUAAAGACAACGUCAACGGUAAUUUCACAGUGGUCCUCAACAAGGAAAACAACAAUAAAACCCUGGUUAUUAUCGCUGACGGGAAGGCCAUUGAGCUCUUAGCCGAUGGACAGAUCAAGGUUGAUCGGCAGCUAACUGCAUUACCAGCGGUCUUUAGAGACACAACGAUGACGUCACUAAAUGGCCACGUGAAAAUCAAUGUUGCUGGCCAUCUUGACGUUGACUACGUGAAAGAGCUCGACUCGUACACUAUUGUGAUGAACGGCUUCUACUUCGGAAAGACAAACGGACUCCUCGGUAGCUAUGACAACGAGCCCUACAACGACAUGAUGACGUCGUUUGGAAAGCCAAGUGACAAUGCUGACCGCUUUGUGAAGACCUGGGAAGUUGGCACUGGCAAAUGCCGCUGAGCUUAGACGUUCUCUAGGACCCAACUGCCAAAACCAAAUGGACAUACUUUGUGAUUUUACUGUGAUUGACUCUCAACUUUAAACUGACAGAAUUUAAAAAAAACGUUUUUCUUUUCAACGUUAUUUUAUAGUAAAGUAUAAUGUAUUUCAAUUUUCAAGAUCAUGUAUUUGCUUUUAAUAACAAACAUAUUAAUAAUUUUAUAACUGUACUUUUUAAAACUUUUAACUGAAAGAUAUUGUAGUAUUUUAUAAGCAAACACAAAAAUCAACUGCUGUACAAUUAAACACUGAAUAAAUAAUCAAAGCAUCA